CUGAGGACAGCCAGGAUUUAGAGCGCAGAAGAAGAAGUCUGUGUUCCACGUGAGCUGGUCAGCAUGGCACCUCCGGGAGGAAUAAACAAACCGAAAACUGAGUUAGGGAAGAAGCUUUUCAAGCGCCGGCGAGUUCUGAGCCGCGAGAAGAGGAAGCGGCAUCAGAUCGUGGGAGCUGUGGUGGAUGAAGGUCUCAUCACCAUCCAUCACCUGAAGAAGAGAAGGACGAGUCCGAGAGCCAACAUCACGCUGUCAGGGAAGAAGAAGAGGAAGCUGAUUAAACAGCUGCAACACCAGCAGAAGGAGAAGGCCUCUAUGGAAG